AUGACGCAAAGAUCCUCCUCUUCAUCUCCAACUCGGUACAAAACGGAGGAUGAUCACGAUCGUGGACGAUUUUCCUCCUCGGCUUUCUCAACCUCUCGGAACAAUAAUGGCAUGGGGGAGGAGGAGGCUGAAGAUGAUCAUCUUUCUUCCUCAUCCACAACCGCCAAUCAAUUCGCCACUGCAGCGGUACGAUCAUCUUCAAGCUCUUCUCAAAAAUCAUCAUCAUCAGCAUCCAUCCAAUCAAAUUUCGAUAAAAGCAAAUAUAUUUUGGUUAUUGUUGUGGGAAUAUUGUUCCAUCUUGCAUACAUGAUGAGUAUCUUUGAUAUUUAUUUUAAAUCACCCAUUGUACAUGGAAUGGAUCAGAACAGUUUCGAUAGAUAUUUGAAUGAUAACAAUAUUAAUUUACGGACGGUAACAUCUUCUCAAGGAGAGUCCAGUUUGUUUGCAAAACGAUUGGUCUUUAUUGUCGGAGAUGGCUUACGAGCAGAUAAAUUGUUUGAAAUAGUCCGAGACAAGGAUAAAAUGGUUGGAGAUGACAGGCAUCAGUUUGUUAUCCAGAAGAAGAGAAAGAUGGGUAAUUCUCCAUAUAAUAUUUAUGAAGGAGCCAUUGAUUCACAAACUACCUCUUCUCUUUCGGAUCUUGAAACAUCAGCUCCUUUUAUUCGAUCCAAGAUGGAAACUGUGGCAAGUUUUGGCAUUUCUCACACGCGAGUUCCCACAGAAUCGAGACCAUGCCACGUGGCAAUGAUUGCAGGAUUUUAUGAAGAUGUGAGUGCUGUGACCACAGGUUGGAAGGAAAAUCCUAUAGAGUUUGAUAGCGUCUUUAAUCAAACAAAUUAUGUGCUUCAAAUUGGAUCACCAGAUGUUGUGCAUCUAUUCAAAGGAAAUCAUAUCGAUACGUAUAACUACCCUCCAGAAAUGGAAGACUUCGCCAUGCAUGACAAGUCCAGUUUAGAUCGAUGGGUUUUUGACAAGUUUGAACAAUUGAUAUCUCAUAAUGAAACAGUCCAGAAUAAGCUGAAACAAGACAAAGUUAUUAUAUUUUUACAUUUAUUGGGUAUAGAUACCAGCGGUCAUGCAUACAAGAUGGGAAAGGGGUACUAUGACAGCAUUCGAUAUGUUGAUGAGGGUGUUGAAAGAGUUCACAAUUUGGUUUCAAACUUUUUCGGUGACAACGAAACAGCCUUCAUUUUCACAGCCGACCAUGGAAUGUCGUCUAAGGGCUCACAUGGUGAUGGAAAUCCUGAAUGUACAAGAACUCCUUUGGUCUGUUGGGGAAAAGGAGUUCGUCCCUUUUAUGAAGGCAAAGGUUCCAUCAUUUCAGAUGGGUCUUUUCCAUCCAUUACUGCAGAAGAAAAGUAUGUCAAACAAACUUGGAUGAUUAACCCCAAAUACAGAAAGGACAUCAAACAGGCAGAUAUGGCUACUCUCAUGAGUGCUCUGUUGGGCAUCCCAUUUCCCAUGAACAAUGUUGGGGUGUUGCCUCUCUCCUAUCUCAAUGGAAAUGAAAUAUUUAGAAGUAUUAAUUUGCAUCUCAAUGCCAAACAAAUAGCAGAACAAUUUCUAAAGAAGCAAGAGGUCAAAAAAGAAAAAACUUUACUUUUCUUUCGCCAUUACAUGAAACGACAAGACUUGGAAACGAAAUCUCGAGAAAUAACCUCUCUAAUUUUGAGUGGAAAUUAUGAGAAAGCGCAAGAUGAAAUUUAUGAACUGAUUAAUAUGGGAAUUAAGGGCCUUAACUAUUUUAUGACCUAUGAUUGGCCCCAACUCAUGUCAACAGUUAUCUUGGGAUAUAUUGGAUGGAUGUUCUACUUGCUGGUAUUUUGUUUACGUCAUUACACCAAGCUUGGUCAUGAAAUUAAGAGUGACAAGAAUGUUUUCGCCGUUUCAUGUGCUGCCAUUGCUCUAUUUGUUGUCUUGAGCGCUCUACUCUUUGUACAGCAUGAUCCAAUUCACUAUCACAUGUACAUAAUAUUCCCCAUUUACUUCUUUGCAUAUAUAUUCAAUCAUCUCAAGCUGGUUUAUGCAUUCCUCACACGGCAUUUCUCAAUUGGCACUGACGGAUGUUCACUAUUGGUGAUAAUUACUGUUCUCGAAGUCAUGGUCUGUGGCUAUUAUUCCAGAGAUAUUUUCUCUGUUUGCUUUAUUGUUUUGGGAGUUUUACCGACCAUACUUGAAAUGAAUUUCACCUAUAGGUUUGGUUGGCUCACAACAUGUAUCAUUAUGAGUUUAUUCACUCUAUUGCCACCCGAUUACGGCAAUGAUAUGACAUUGGUGAUUUGUGGCGCAAUAGUAUUCUGCGUGUGUCAAAUUACAUGGAGAUUUAUCAAGCCGCCAAAGGAAACUCAGAGCCUUUUCCAACAAAUCUUGUUCUAUGUCCAGCUUGCAUUAAUUCUUUUGGCAUGUGGCGUUACAGUAAGCACAGAUAUAUCUUUGUCAAAGAAGCAAGGGUUACCAUUCCUGAAUCAACUAGCUGCUUGGACUUUAUCGAUUUUGUCAUUACUUCUUCCAUUUAUGUCCUCAAACUUUUACCAAGUAAGAGCUCAAAGCAUUCUUUCUGCAUUUGUCACUCCACUUGUAUUGUUGAGUGUAAAUUAUGAAGUUUUAUUCUACUCUGGAAUUUUGGUGACUUUUUUAUUUUGGAUGAGACAAGAAAAGCAGAAGAGAAAGAAGGAUCUAUCUUUCACGCCUGGAUGUCUCUCAAAAACUGAGUUCAGUACCGCCAUAUUUUUCAUUUUCCUCUUUAAUGUUGGAUUCUUUGGAACUGGGAAUCUUGCUACAAUUGCCAGUUUUGAAUUAAGCUCUGUCUAUCGAUUUAUUUCCAUAUUCAGCCCGUUCACAAUGGCUGCAAUUUUGAUUUUCAAACUUGCCAUUCCAUUACUUGCUGUCACAGCAAUUUUUGUAAUCAUUCUGCGAGUGUCAAGAACACCUCACUUUGCUGCUCUUCUAGUUGUAUUAGCUCUCAGUGAUAUCAUGACCAUUAAUUUCUUUUUCCUUGUUUCAGACAUUGGAAGUUGGCUUGAAAUUGGAAAUAGCAUUAGUCGAUUUGCCAUCGGAAACGCAAUGAUUAUUAUUCUACUUUUACUCUUCUCAUUUGCUCAAAUUUAUGUUAGAAAUGUGCACAAUCUACCAUCUUCCGUUAGCACUCCCCAUGAUGACCAUGUCAAGUCAAAAACAGACUAG